AACUUCCCAUCGCCAAUCCAUCCCCCUCGUUUGCCUCCAAAGGAUUAAGACACAUCAUCGAACGGGCGAUAGGCGUUGGGAGAUGGAGGAUCGACAUUCCGGCCGGCCUGAGUCCGGCUCCAUCGUGUCGGAGCUCGAAGGCACGCUCCUCGACGACGUCGACCCGUUUCCUUACUUCAUGCUCCUCGCGUUCGAGACGUCCGGCUUGAUCCGGUUCGCUGCGCUGCUGUUCCUGUGGCCUCUGCUUCGCUUGCUCCACUCGAUCGGCAUGGCGGGACUCAGCCUACAGCUCACGGUCUUUGUGGCCGUGGCCGGGGUGCGGGAGUCGGAGAUGGAAGCGGUGGCACGAGCGGUCCUCCCCAAGUUCUUCAUGGAUGAUGUGAACAUGGCGGCUUGGAGCGUGUUCAGCUCGUUUAAGAGUAGAGUGGUGGUGACGAGUUGGCCACGGGUGAUGGUGGAGAGGUUUGUGAAGGAUCACCUGCAUGCCGACGACGUUGUGGGGCGUGAACUCGAGAUCAGUCGCUUCGGAUAUGCCACCGGUUUCUUCAAGCGAGCAGAGAAGGACUCGCCCCUCUGCAAACUGCGCGCAAUCUUUAAAGAUGACAAGCCUGAUGCGGGUUUCGGCAGACGGACGUCGGCGCGGUCGUUCUUGUCCUUUUGCAAGGAACAGUAUCACCUUCCGAUGGCAGCUUGUGACCUGAAGCAGAGCCAAGAGUUAAGCCGGCCUCGGCCCGUCGUCUUCCACGAUGGCCGGCUCGUCGCUCGCCCCACACCCCUCACGGCGCUCCUCAUCGUCCUGUGGAUGCCACUCGGCGUCGUUGUGGCCUUCGUCCGAAUCACCAUCGGUCUGAUCAUCCCCAUCCGGUGGAUCCCCGCCGUUGCACCUUUCUUGGGCGGGAAGCUCAUCAUGCGAGGACGGCCUCCGCCGCCAGCUGUCACCUCGAAGGGCGGCGUCCUCUUCGUGUGCACCCACCGCACCCUCAUGGACCCGGUGGUCCUCUCCAUGGUCCUCGGCCGCAAGGUCGCCGCCGUCACGUACUCAAUCUCCCGCCUGUCGGAGAUCCUGUCGCCGAUACCGACGAUUCGACUGACCAGGGACCGUCGGGUCGACGCGGAGCGCAUCAAAUCCGAGCUAGCGAAAGGCGACCUCGUGGUGUGCCCGGAAGGCACGACGUGCCGGGAGCCCUUCUUGCUAAGGUUCAGCGCGCUCUUCGCCGAGCUGACGGACCAGAUCGUGCCGGUGGCCAUGAACUACCGAGUGGGGUUUUUCCAUGCAACGACAGCCAGGGGAUGGAAAGCCAUGGAUCCAAUCUUCUUCUUCAUGAACCCAAGGCCGGUGUACGAGGUCACUUUCCUUAACCAAUUGCCGAUGGAGGCGACGUGCUCGGCGGGGAAGAGCCCAUACGAUGUGGCCAACUAUGUGCAGAGGAUUCUCGGCGCCACGCUUGGGUUCGAGUGCACCAACUUCACGAGGAAGGACAAGUACAGGGUGCUUGCAGGUAACGACGGCACGGUCAACUUCAAAUCAACUACACCAUGGAUGGCAAGAGUGAAGGAGGUGAUGUGAUUUCUUCUGCAGUAGGGAAGGUUGCCCCCGGCAGGGGGUUUGCAGUAAACAUUGUGUCAAUAGGAUUUAUUUUGCAUUCUUAUAUAUUUGAUUCAUUUGAUGUAUUACUAAUUGUUGAAUUCCGCAUGAUGUAGUAAAUAAUUACCAAUUAUUGUGUAAACAUGAUUAUAUGAAGGAAUAUAUAUUGCAUUCUUACAAGUAA